GUUGGUUUUAUGCCAUUUCUUGACAAAACAAAGAGAAGCAAAUUAGUAAAACAUUCAAACCUACCUCAUCCUUAUUUUCUUCUUCUUUUUAUUCAUAGCCUAUGAUCAUUUUCUUGAAAAUAUAAAAGGGAAAUAGACCUGAAAAAGCUCUCACAUUUCUCCUGUUUAUAGCACAAGGUGGAUACAAUCUUGAGAGUUGUUAUAUACACAUACAAUAAGUUGAUUGCAAUAGAUCACAUUUUCUGGAAUCCUGACUUCUCUUUUAUGAAUAAGAAAAUUUAGCCGGAGAAAAUUAUAGAGAUAGAACCACAAAAAUCAUGUUUGGAUUCAGUAUAAGAACUGGGAGGCAAAAUGCCUCAGGUUCUCCAAAAUCCACAGGCUCUCCAUCUUCUGUUGGUUCUCCAAAAACUGCAGGAAGCACAGGCUCCCCAAGAGCAGAGGUUGGAGAAAUUGAUACAAGAGCACCUUUUCAAUCUGUAAGAGCAGCUGUUAGUUUGUUUGGAGAAGCUGGUUCUUCCCCUAAGGCUAAGCCUACCAUUAAAAGAUCAAAAACCAUUGAAGAGAGGGUGCUAGAGAAGGAAAGUAGGCUUCACUUAGCCCUGAGAGAACUAGACAGUUUCAAAGAACAAAUAAGAAGUACAGAGACAACAAAAGCUCAUGCUCUCCGCGAACUCGAAAAGGCCAAAAGAACUCUCCAAGAACUCACUGGAAAGCUCGAAACUUUAUGCGAAUCGAAACAAGCAGCCAUUGAGGCAACAGAAGCUGCAAAGGCCCGAGCCAUCGAACUCGAAGAACAGAAAUCAAACAAGCCACCAAUUGGCACUGAUGCUUGGAAACAGAAUGUGGAAGCUGAAAGAGAACAAUAUCGAACAUCUUCAGGCGAGCUAAAUUCAGCAAAACAAGAGCUAACAAAUCUUCGUCAGGAUUUUGACGCGGCCCUGGAAGCGAAAUUAGCUGCAUUUCAAGAAGCUGCAGACGCGCAACAUAAUGCGGCCAUCAACAAAGAGAGGCUAGGUAAACUCUCGAAAGAAGUUGAUACGUUGCGCGAAACGUUAGGCCAAGUAAAAGUUGCAUCUCUCCAAGCACAAGAUGAGCAUGAAAAACUUAUUGCAGAUAAAGAAGCUCACUUUCAUUCCCUUAGUACUGCUAAAGAAGAAGCUGAAGACAAAAUCAGGGCUCUCAAAGAGGACCCUGAUUCUCAACUAGUAACCGAAAACCUCCUGGAAAAACUCGAGGUAACCAAUGAGGCGAUCCACGUCUUACAAGACCAACUAAAUGAAGUCCGAGCCCUGGAUUUGGACUCUUUUAAUAAAGCAAAUGCAGAGCUCGAUGCUACAAAGAAGGCGUUGAACGAGAUAGCAGAAGAGGAAAGUUCACUCCGAACGCUAGUUGAUUCACUUCAACUAGAAGUAGAACGUGUAAAAGGCGACCUCAGUAACCUUAAAAAGAAAGCAGAGGAAGCAGAGUCCGUAGUUGAAAACUUGAAAAUGGAUCUUGAAAAUAGCAAGAAGGAACUUGAAGCAAGCAUAUCAGCUAAAACACAAGCAGAAGGAGAUUCUAAUGAUUUACCUUCAAGAAUUCAACAGUUGAAUUCCGAGGCGGAUCAAUUUUUAAAGGAAGCAGAGGAGAUGAAGAAGAAGGCAGAAUUACUCAAACAAGAAACAAAAACAGCUCAAGAAACAGCUAAAGAAACAGAAGAAAGACUAAAAGUUGCAUUAAAAGAAGCUGAAGAGGCAAAAGCAGCAAAGAAACUUGCAGAUGAUAAGAUACACAAUAAUAAUGAAGAACAUAAUUUAGAGUCUAAUGGGAAGAUAAGAUUGUCAAUUGAGCAAUUCGACGAGAUGAAACGAAAAGUGGAAAUAACCAAGAAUGAUGCUGAAAUAAAAGUUAAAACUGCAUUGGCUCAAGUGGAGAGCAUAAAUGCCAAUGAAAAUGAGGCAAACAAGAAACUCGAGGCGAUUUUAAAAGAGAAAGAAGAUAUUGAAGCUGCAACACAAGAAGCAUUAAAGACAGCAGAAAUGGCUGAAGCAGCCAAAUUGGUAGUUGAAGGAGAACUGCAAAAAUGGCGUCAAAAGGAACAAGAAGAGGAAGAAAUUGGAGAAUCAUCUAAUGGAAAUAUUGAAGGGACAUGAAAAAAAUUGUAAAAAUAAAAACUAUAGUAGAAAUUUAAGGCAAGGGAUCCAAAAUGGGAAAUUUUAUUUAAUUUGUUGUAUGUUGUAUCUUAUGAUUUUCAUUUCAUUCUUGAGGCAUUCAAAUGUGCAGAAUGUGUAUGAAUGUCUUAAUUAGAA